GAUCCUGCACGCUAUCGAUUUCUCAAUUAACUUCCCAGCAGUCAAGCAGGACGGGGUCCUCUUCCGUGUAGGAACACUUCGCACAGUUCAGUGUAACUUAGUUCGCGUAGUGGACGCACCACCCACUUGACACUGAUCUACCUACCUAAGGCAAAUAAAGUUUUAUUUUUAGGAUUGUUCAAAAUCCAUACCGCGUGUGUGGCUUUCUAUUUUUCAUAUCCAUAGCAACGACGCGCACUUGGGUGGUGGUUGCGUUUCUUACUGCUGGUGCCCAGUGUAGGUUCUUCUUCGAGGUAGCCGGGUCACCUCUAGAGUUAUCGUGUCACCGCCGUUGUGCAUCAAUUUAGCAAAUCCAUAAAGCAAGCAGAGACAAGCCCUAAAGUAGCGACCGCCGUCGACCAUCGUGAUCGUGCAGUGCGUCGUAAACAUCUCUAGCCGAACCAUCGAACGCUGCUUAUAACAAGAACAACACCACCAACGAUGCUUACAACGGCCAGUAAACACGUGGUUGCCACUGCGUCGUCAUCCGCAAUGAUAUCGUCUUGUGCGAAAUUAUUGGCCCCGGCCCCAUCGUCGAAUUCUGCCGUCCUAAUGCGACGGCUGGUGGUAGUGGCCUCGACGGCACAACAACGACUACAAAGCCAUCCCGCCAGCGGCAGUUGGAUGUCACCGUCCUCGUCAGUAACCAGCGAACAUCGGUGGACGCAGGAAGCAGCACGCGGAUUCGAUUCAGGAUCUGGCAUACUUAAUCGAAGAGUCUCACUCGGCAAAUCUUUGCUGGCACCAGCAGCAUCAGCACGCACUCAUUCGCAGCGAAACAUCAUGGCCGCAGCAGUGAAACCGCGCCUCGUUGCCCUCGAAGAAUCCCGCCGCUUUAUGGUGGACUGUUUUCUCAAGUCCAAGACGCCGGAAUCGCACGCAAAGCAGAUGGCCGACCUGCUGGUGGAGGCCGACUACCGGGGGCACUUUAGCCACGGCAUGAACCGCCUGGAGAUGUACAUCAACGAUCUGCACAAGAACGCCUGCAACGGAGCGGUGGAGCCGACGAUUUUGAACGAAACUCCCGCGGCAGCAUGGGUCGAUGGAAACAACGGUCUCGGUGCGGUCGUCGGAAACUUCUGCAUGGAUUUGGCCAUCAAGAAGGCGAAGGAAGUUGGUAUCGGGUGGGUUUGUGCGAAACGUUCAAACCAUUACGGCAUUGCGGGAUGGUACACAAUGCGAGCCAUGAACGCCGGCUGUGUCGGAAUAUCCAUGACAAAUACGUCUCCACUAGCGAGUCCGACCAGAAGCAAACAGGCCGCCCUCGGUACAAAUCCCAUUUCAGUUGGCGCGCCAGCUGAGAAUGGUGACGGUUUUGUGCUAGAUAUGGCCACCACAGCGGUAGCGGUUGGAAAGAUCGAAAUCCAACGACGCAAGGGUGAGCCUAUUCCUCACGGUUGGGCCCAGGACCCCACGGGCCACCCCACCACGGAUGCCAAUUUGGCCUUCGAAACCGGCUGUCUGAUGCCCCUGGGCGGAACUGAACUCACCUCCGGCUACAAGGGAUACGGUCUGGCUGCGAUGGUGGAAAUAUUCUGCGGCAUCAUGGCCGGCUCCAACUACUCCACCAAGGCGAAAUGGACUCACGCCGGUGCCGAUUCGGAAGCCGAUCUGGGUCAGUGCUUCGUGGCCAUCAACCCGGGUGUGUUCGCGCCCGGCUUCGAGGGAAGGGCGUCUGAUUUGAACAGUAUUCUGAGGAACAUGCCGCGGACCGAUGAGACGAAACCGGUCCUGGUACCCGGUGACCCGGAGCGAAAUCACAUGACGAAAGUGGAAACCGAAGGAGGCCUAGCAUAUCAUGAAAACCAAAUCAAGACUUGUAACCAGCUGUCGGAGCGGUUGGGCAUUAAACCGAUUUCCUUUGUGGUUUAACAAUUAAAAUGGACAAUACUAUUGUUUGGCAUUUAAAUGGUUAUUUUAUAUACAUUUUACGUAACACGUAAGGCGAUUGUUUUAAUUAAAGUAUUAUCAUUA